AAACGCGCCAUUUUAACUGCUUUGACAGAGUUGGGUGAACUAAACUGAAGCAAAAUCUCCAAAGAAAACUCCAGCGCGCGUCUUUACUGACGUAAAGCAAGACACGCGUACAUUAAACCACACGAGUGCGAGCGUGCCAGUGCGCGCUCUGUGGAUGCCACGCGGGGACCAAACUAAGUGUGCUGUGGAUUUUAAAUGUAAUAAUCUACAUUUCUUGUUUCAAUGUAUUUCAUUCAGGAAUAUAGUAAUGUGGAGACUCCUGUCGUGGAUUUUUCUGACAGCCAGUUUGCAUCAGGCCAGUUCCCAAAACUCCACCGACUCUCCUUAUGUAACUACGGAUUUGGACCCUUAUAACCGGACUCGAUACUGCAAAUGGCCCUGUAAAUGCCCCAAGAUUGUCCCCAAGUGUCCGCCUGGGGUCAGCCUGUUGACGGACGGGUGUGACUGCUGCAAAACCUGUGCCAAGCAGGUGGGCGAGACCUGUAAUGAAAGAGAUACGUGUGACUAUCAUAAAGGACUUUACUGUGACUACAGCUCUGACAAGCCGAGGUACGAAAAAGGAUUGUGUGCAUAUGUUAGGGGAACAGGCUGUGAGCAUGAUGGUGUGAUUUACCGCAAUGGCCAAAGCUUUCAACCCAAUUGUAAGUACCGCUGUCUGUGUGUGAAUGGGGCUAUUGGGUGCGUGCCCCUCUGCACAGAGUCCCUGCCACCCCGGGUGUGGUGUCAGUCACCCAAAAGAGUGAAGAUACCAGGCCAGUGUUGUGAGAAAUGGAUCUGCGAGGAGUCCCGUAAACUGCGCAAGACCAACCCCAGACACGCCCCUGAGGAGGUGUCCCUCUCCACUAAUGAUAUUUGGCACAAAAAUUGCAUUACCCAGACAACCCCAUGGAGUCCCUGCUCAAAGACCUGUGGGCGGGGCGUAUCACUGCGCAUCUCGAAUGACAAUCCUGAAUGCGUGAUGGAGAAAGAGACUCGACUGUGUAAUCUGCGACCUUGUGAGGUGGACAUCACAAAGCACUUUAGACCGGGUAAGAAAUGCCUGAACAUCUACCGUGAGCCAGAAUUUCAGAACUUCAACAUCUCAGGCUGUGUCAGUAAGAAGCAAUAUUGGCCAAAGUACUGUGGAGUUUGUAUCGAUGAGCGCUGCUGCAUUCCCUACAAGUCUAAGACCAUUGACGUGGAGUUUGAGUGUCCCAAUGGAUCAAUCCUUACCUGGAAAUACAUGUGGAUCAACGCCUGCUUCUGCAACCUCUCCUGCAGGAAUCCAAAUGAUAUCUUUGCAGAUCUGGAGCAAUACUAUGAGUUCAAUGAAAUCAUUAACUAAUUCAUUAACAAGGACUCAGAUACAGUAUUUACUACGAGGAUUCUAUUUUAUGCGAUAUCCUUGACAAAUGAAAAAAAGAUCUUUUGUGUUAACCAAAAGAUUUUUGUUUAUCUUUAUGCAAUUGUUUGUAUUUAUUUCUGUUGUUACUCAAUGAAGAGUAAUUUACAUAAAUACGAAAAAGGUGCAAUUUCAUAUCAUUUGUGACACCUCUGUACAGGUGCACUGCUUCUUUUUGCAUUUGUGACAUUUUUAAUAUAACAUACAAUAUAUAAGUAUAUGUAAAUUAUAUAAUUUGCUUGUAAUAAUGUUAUUUAUUUUAAUCAUAUUGUGUUGUAUUACAGCACCAUACUUUUUAUGGUUCAGUAAAGAAACAUGGUGUGUGUGGAAAAAAUGCAUUUAAAGAUUUCUGAGUAUUUUAAUGUAUGACACAGCAAUAAAACAGUUAAUAA